UUAUCAACUUCAGAAGUGAGUAAGGGCAAUGCUGGAACAAUUAUUAGUGUCUACGACACCUAUUUGGCAAAAUACAUUGUAUUAAGUGAGCUACGUUGGUUCCAAUAGCAGCAACAGCAACAAUACAAAUUAUAUCAGACCUGAAAGGAACCAAGCAAUAGACACGUUUCACAAGGCAGUAAAAAAGGAAAAUUUCUCUUCAGUUAAUAUGAAGCUACAAGUUAAAAGAUGAUAGUAGACUGAGAUAAUUGAGGACAGUGACCACUGGUCAGUGACUGGGAAUAAGUUAUCCAGAGGAAUAGCUGAAGGGUGACUCCAGCCAUGUCCGAGACAGAACGAUCAACCCUGAUUUCCCAGCCUGACCAGAGUAUGCAAGGAACCAGCCCUGGUGGCAGGAAGCGGCCCCUGGCUCCAGACUGGAGCAAGUUUGGCUUGAGCCAGGAGCCAGUGAAACCCACACAUGGGGGCAGUGCAGACGCUGGACUGGAGGCUGGGUACCAGCAUGUAGAACCUGGCAACAAGAAUGAACUGUUCCAGGAAGAUCAGAAUCUCACCCAGAAGAUGUGGUGGAAGGCCAACUUCUUCAUCAGUCAGCCCGUGCUGUUUGGUACCUGGGAUGGUGUGUUCACCUCAUGCAUGAUGAACCUUCUUGGAGUUGUCAUCUUCCUCAGGAUGGGCUGGAUUGUGGGCAAUGCUGGUAUCAGUCUGACCAUUCUCACAAUCAUUCUCACAGUGAUGGUCGUUGUGAUUGUGGCCCUGAGUGGUAUCGGGGUCUGUGAACGGUGUAAGGUGGAGAGCGGGGGCGUGUACUUCCUGCUGUCCCACGUCCUGGGGGCUCGAAUAGGAGGCAGUGUGGGCAUCGUGUACUGCUUUGCACAGGCAGUGGCAUGUUCAAUGUCGGUGAUGGGUUUUGGAGAGUCAGUCAUGGGCCUGACGGGGCUGGAUGAGCCGUGGCUCGCCAAGGGGAUAGCUGUAGGGCUAGUGCUGUUGUUGUUAGGUAUCAAUGUUGCUGGGGUGAAGUGGGUGAUCCGACUGCAACUGGUUCUGCUGGUCGUGUUGGUUCUGUCCAUGCUGGAUUUCUUUGUUGGCUCUUUUGUGCACACUAAUCCAGCUGAUGGCGUGACAGGCUACCACGAGAUAAAUCUACGUAACAAUUCUGGGCCGGACUUCCUCCCUGGGGAGUCGUUCUUCUCCAUUUUUGGGCUGUUUUUCUCGACUGUUACGGGAAUCCUGGCGGGAAUCAACAUGAGCGGUGAUCUACGGGACCCUUACCACAACAUUCCACGCGGCACUUUGUCCUCUCUAGGAGUCUGUACGAUGCUGUAUAUCUGUAUGGCGAUGGUUCUAGGGGCAACCUGUACACGUUCAUACCUCCAGACAGACUACAUGAUAUCUGAAAAGGUGUCUAUCACAGGCUUUGUGUGGCUGGCGGGUCUGUACAUAUCAUCCGUGUCAUCCUGUAUGGGUAGCCUGUAUGGUCCACCAAGAAUUCUUCAGACAAUCGCCAACGAAAAUGUCAUCCCAGUCAUUCGUGUGCUAGGCCAUGGGCGUGGUCCGAACAAAGUGCCCAUCUUCUCACUGGUCGUGAUAACACUAGUUGCCCUUCUCUUCGUUCUGAUUGGUGACGUGAACUCGCUGGCUCCCAUUGUGACCACCACCUUCAUGAUGUCCUAUACAGCUGUCAACUAUGCCUACUUCGCCCUUGCCAUGAGCUACGACCGACAGCAGGAGCGUGACCUGCGAUACCAGGAGAAACGGCGUCGUCAAUCUGAUCCCGUGUCAAGGCGGUUGCCGGGUUAUGGUUCCGUGAACCCCGGGCCAUACAGGGACUCGUUCCAGACAAUGAGGAACGAUUUGGAUAAGCUAUUUCCAGAAAGAUUGCGCCACCAUGGGGGAGUAGAGCAAGUACCUCAACUGCCCCCCGCGUCGCCGACGGAGCCUGAUUUUGAUGCAAGGAAAAGGUCAAAGUCGUUGGACAACAACUCAGAGGCUGGCGAUGCCUCGCAGGUGCUUUUGGGAAAAGAGGGUGAUCCCAGACAUGCGCCAAACAUGGAGAUCACCAAACAGCCAAGGUCCUGGUACAGCUUUCUUUGCAACAGAUGGCUGUCACUGUUUGGGACUGUGGUUUGCCUAGUGAUCAUGUUUGCAACCCAGUGGAUUUACGCCCUUGUGGAAUUCGUCGUGGCAUUCAUCAUCUAUGUCUAUAUUGGGCAGGCAAACCCAGGGUAUUUUCCAGGAAUUGCUGAAUUUAACUUCUAUACCUGGAUCAAAGGUGGACUACAGCGCUGUAUCAGUGGGAAGGACAGCCAAGAGGAGAUAAUCGUGGCUCCGUCUACGCCCGCAGUUACCACCCUUGCAGCUCAGCUGACCGAGGACAACGAGGACUUUGCCACCAGGGGGCGCUACCACCAGUCAGAGGUUGUCAGGGGAGAAAACUUUGACGAUUAUGAGGAUGACGACCAUUAAUCAUGAUUUUGUAUAGAAAAAUAAUUAAGUUCCGAAAUUGUCCUGAAGCUUUAAUGUUUUUAAAGAGGAGGCUGUGCAUGGUGACACCUUUGAUGAUUAUGAAGACGACAAGAAUUGAAAGAGAUUAUUUAAAUUUUUAAAGAAGGAAUAAUUUUGGUCCUAAAACGCCUUGAAACAUGUAAGUUUGAAGUACUUGGUCUAGGUAGAUAACUUUGAUUAUAAUUAAGACGAUGAGCACUGGUCAAGGUUUUCAAUAGAAAUAAUAAUUUUGGUCUUAACCCGUUACCACUUUUCAUGCAUUUAUAGUCCCUAAAAAAGUUAUAUUUAAUUUAAGACCAUUCUUACGAAGUUCAAGUUUUUAAGGCUUCAUCUCCAAAAAUUAGAUACUGAUGAGCAGCAAACAGCAUAAAACCUGAGCAGACUGCGAGUUUUUUGCAGGCUGUUCUGGUUUUAUGCUGUUUGCAAAUAGCCAUUUUUACUUUGCUUCUAAGUGGAAAAGGGUUAAAACAUCCUAGAACUUUUAUGUUGUAAGAACUUUGUAAACAGACCAGUGUGUGUAUGUGACAGGUACAAACAAUCUCCAUUCAAUCAUGAAUGUGAAGAUAACAUUUUUACAAUGACUUCGAUUUCUUUUAAUGAAUCUUUUUUGAGAGAAAUAUAUAUAUAUAUAAUAGAAGGCAAUGAAUAUCAUUUCUGGACUUAAGUUGAGAUUGAAAGUUUGAAAAAUGAACAUUUAUCACACUGCUUGUUGUUUUACAUGCAUUUACAGACAUAUAAAUUGCUGUGUCAGAACCCAUGCUGAAUGUGUCAAUACAAGCUUUGCAUAUGGUUGCAUUUAAUUUGGUUGAUGAAAAAAGUUAUUACCAUGUAAUGCAAAGUUACAUAUGAACUUGAAAAGUGAUGAAAGUUAGAAGUUUGCCUUUUUGCUGUGUGCUGUAGAGUAUUCUGGGUUCUAUUGCAUAUUUUACACAAUAUUUGGGGUUUUGUCAAGUUGGGAAUGAUACAUUUGAUUUCAGGUACAUUGACAUUAUGUUUGCGUAUCAUUUUGGAAUGUUUCCCAUUUAGAGAAAAGUAUAAAUUAUUUCAUCAAUCAUACUAAACAACAUUGGUGUUGUUUGAAACUGAAAUUAUUUUAAAAUGUAAAUAUUGUUGUUGUAUUAGGGCAAUCAAAAUGGGUUAUUUGUUUAAGGUUUACUGAGACUUCAACAGACUUGUUUUGUAAAAUAAGAAUUAUUAUAUAUCAAAUCUGCUUGAGGAUAAGCUACGGAUCAUUUAUGGUGUAUUUGUGCAAUAGAAGCUUUUGCAAUGUAUGCUUUUACCGUAUAUUUAAGAAAUAAUCCACGGGUAACCGUUGGUUAUUGCGGUAAUAACCAACGGUAUGGAGUUCCGAUGCGUAGGAAUUAAACCACCAGGGCGUAGCCGUGGAUUAUUUCGAUUCUAACAGGAUUUCAUUAAUAAGUUAUCCGCAAUUAAAGGUUAUAAAUGAGAAUUAUAUUAACCGAACGUCCUCCACUUUUCCGCGAAAACGUGACGUCACCACAACAAUUACAAUCAAAUGACGUCCUCUUCAUUCAUAAAAUGUGCACGGACAAUCAAAGUGAUGUCACUUUAAACAACUGUUGGUAUAUCGGGGUAAUAACCAACGGUAGUUUUUCAUCUUUGUAUAUAGAAAACAAGUCACGUGCCGUGGUAGAAUCUAUAAUAAAUGACCCAAGGGACCAUACAUUUUCCUAAGGGGGGCGUUUAUUAGAAGUUAAAAGGAUGACAUCAUUUUAUAUAUACAGUCACCCCAAUUAGAAAAUUAUAAGAAUUUGACUGUGUAGCUCAUUAUUAAAACAUUUCAGUCCAAGAUUUACCUUGUGUUUGUGUUUGCAUUGACUUUUAAUGCACAGAAAUGCAUAAAGUAAUUUGAAUGUAUUUUUGAAAAAUAAAUGGAGGGGUCCGUUUAUGAGAGAGUAUAUGGUAUAUUACGAGACAUGAGCUUUAAUCUAAUGUAUGUUUAUGUUUAUCAAAAACAUUACAGUUUUUGUUCUUCGACACUGUGCAUUUUCAUGUGCAGCAAAACAUUCAGAUUUGAUUCACUAUUUUCUUUAAAGGUUUAUGAUCAAAAUUCAGAACUAUUUUCAUAAGUGUUGUGAGCAUGUUUUGUGUGCAAACUUCACACGCUUGGAGUUGAUGACUUACUAUUUUUGAUAGUUUGCAUGCAAAUCCACUUAUGGAGCAAAACAUACACACACAUGAUACAAAUGAAUCUAUAUUUUGUCAAUAGUCUUAACUAAUUAAAAUAGCUAGUAAAAAAGUAGAUAAUAUAUUUUGGUUUAUCUGGGAUUAAAACCCAGGACCUUUGGAAGAAAAAGCAAUCACAGCAAACACUUCUUUAUCAUUUAAAAGUGAAACUGAUACCCAUUUUUGUACUCGACACAUUUUCAAAAUAAUCCAUGCAAAGGCUUGGUCGGAGGUAAUCUUUCACUUGCUUUGAUGAUAAUUAUUUUGAAAAUCGGCAUUGUACCAUAUUGUAAAGAACUCCCUUUUUUGGAAUAUAAAUGGAUUCCCAAAUUUACUUUUUUAGCUUAUAUCUGUUAAAGAUUUAAUUAUUUAAUUUACUUAGAAAGAGAAAAUAAAUUACGAUUAACUCACAACAUAGCUGAAUACCAGAAUGUUAUAUUGACAAAUCAACAUUAAUACAGUGAACAUAUUUUUUUAAUAAAGAUUAAAGAAUAUCAUGUAGAUGUUAAGUAUUACAGAAGUGUAGGUUUCUUUUCAAUUUACAUUGUGUAUAUUAUUAUAUUAAACAUUGUUUUGUGCGGGUCUGUGCAAUUUGCCAUUGUGUUGUGUUCAUUGAUGAUUAUAUUUGCAUUUAACCAUAACUUCAAUUCCAGCAUUUAAUGUGAUAAACUGUUUGGUUGACAACAUAGCCAUCAACGUUUUAGACGUGUAACUUGUCAAGUAGUAAAUGCUGUAACUUUCUAGAAGUUGAAGCAUAUAGCUAUAAGAAGAGUUAUUUUCCUUUGGAAAUCCCAAAGAACUACCAGUUUCCAUAUGCCUUUUAUGAUUGUUUAAAAAAAAAUCUUGUUAUACCUCUUAAUAGAUAUUAUAAUCUUAAAGCAUUUUUCCAUGUUAAACAUCCAUAUACUAUCCAAUCAACAAAUUUGCAGUAACAUCUUCCCUGGCUUGUUAACAUUAUUUUAUCUGCUGUUUACACUGAAUUGAAUAUAUUUUAGCCGCGCUCUGGGAAAAGGGGUUUAAUGCAUUUGAGUACAGUGUCGUCCAAGAUUAGCCUGUGCAGUCCACACAGGCUUAUUAGGGACGACACUUUCCGCCUUUAUGGUAUUUUUUGUUAAAAGAUCUAGUUUAGGUGGAAAUGUGUUGUCCCUGAUUAGCCUUUUGCCGACUGCCCAGGCUUAUCUGAAACGACACUUUAUGCACAUGCAUGAAACCCUCUUUUUACAGAGCACAGCCCAUUUUUAGCUCCUCUGUUUUUCGUAGAAAACCCGAGGUAUUGUCAUAGCUAGCUUGUCCGCCGUCCACGUCGUGCUAAAACCUUAACAUCGGCUCUAAAAUCAAAGUGCUUCCACCUACAACUUUGAAACUUCAUAAGUAGCUGCACCUUGACGAGUUCUACAUGCCACACCCAUUUUUUGGUCACUAGGUCAAAGGUCAAGGUCACUUUCACCUCUAAAAAAAAUAAUAAUUUAAAACUGCACCCGCAGCCGCGCGUUGGCACCUGCUUUGCAAUGCUCUUGUUAUAUUUUAGCGAUAUUUUCAUAAUGUCAGUGAAUGAAUUUACAAUUCCAAUAUCAAACAUCAUAUUCAUUCCUGUUAAAAAUUCAGCGUUCUAGUGAUUAUAUUUCAUUAUUUCUUUUUUAAAUGUGGACGUAGAGGUAUGAUAAAUAGAACAUGAGAUGCGUUUGUCAGAAACACAAUGCCUCCUAAUGCACCGCUUUGAUUUUAUUUUUUUUACCUUGAAGAAUGACCUUGACCUUUCACCACUCAAAAUGUGCAGCUCCAUGAGAUACACAUGCAUGCCAAAUAUCAAGUUGCUAUCAUAAAAAUUGCAAAAAGUUAUGACCAAGGUUAAAGUUUUGUGACACAUACAAUUAAAGACACAUACAAUGACAGACAGACCAAAAACAAUAUACCCCCGAUCAUUCGAUCCGGGGGCAUAAAAACAGGUUAAUGCACUAUCUCUGUGUAGUAUAUAAGGCUGUGCAUGAAUCAAUCAACAGUCAGCAAGCCUCUCUGAUCUUUUAUUAUAAGCCUCAACUGAUAUAUUACACAACAGGGAAGUAACCUGAUAUUCUCUAUCCCUUUCGCUCUCAGAGGCAAAGUGAAAAUGGCCAUGUGCAAACAUCAUAAAACCAAACAGUCUGCGAGUAACUUGCAGUCUGUUCAGGUUUUGUGCUGUUUGUUGCUCAUCAGUAUUUAAGGGUUGAAAAUAAGCUUUUAAAACUUGAAUCUGGUCAGAAAGGUCUUUAAUUAAAUUGAACUUUCUACGCGACUAAAUACACGAAAAUAUGCGUAUCUAAGUGGUAAAGGGCUAUGAAUUAGUCUGCAUAAUCAGUCACUGUUUCAAUACUACUGGGUUUAUCCUUGUGCUAAAAUGUUAUGAUUGUGUUGAUAUGAAUUGAAUUCUAUUUAUGCAUCUAUAUUUAAAGUUAGUCUGGGUAUAUUCAGUUUCAAUAUCCCAUGUUUUUGUCUUUUGAAACUUGGUGAUUUAAUAAAAGCAACCUUUUUACAAGAGUUUUGUCUCUGAUUGCAUGGUUAACAUUUUGCCACAUUGCUCAAUGGGGUAUAUUUAAUUAAAUGUACAUUGUGGGGAAUUGAAUUGUAAUUAAUUAACCCUUUACCACUGAGAUACUUAUUUUCCGAAUUUGUAGACCCUUAGAAAGCUAUAUUUAAUUUAACCUUUCUUACAAGAUUUUUAAGUUUCUAAGGCUUCAUCUCCAAACUUUGCAUCUGCUUUUUACCAGAUCUGAUUAUAAGUAUGAUGGCCCAUUGUUAUCAUUAUCUAUUGCCAGUAUAUUUCACUUGUUCUUACAUACCAGUAAAUGUGAAUGUAAAUUUCAAUAUUUCAUUCAAACAGUGUCAGAAACGCUAUAAGUGGUAUUAGAAUCAAUACAAAUUGUAGUCCUUCUAACCAAAGUCCCAUUUCAUAGUUGUUGUAUCAUGUUAUUAUGGUUUUAGUUGUUUGAUAAGUUGUUGUUAUUGUUGUUACUAUAUUAAACAUAAAAUGACAAUUACAAAAAAUUACAAUUUUAUUUUACAAAGUUUUAUGUAUGUUGGACAUUAUUUUAGAAUAAAAAUGGACAAAAUCAUGA